AUGUUUUCCGAUCUUGAACUCGAGUACGAUCAAUUCAACGGGUCCGUCACGGACCUGGCGGAACAACCCGGCAACGAGUCCAUGGAGUCGAUGGUCGGAGAGACCACCAACGAGACCGUCGAGUCGACCGAAGACGUGCUCGUUGUCCCCAAACAAAGAGACUCGGACAAGUACCCGUUGAGAAUCGCGUCGCAUUUCACCGCCAGCAAGAAAGUCAAGUCUCCCGAGGAGACCCAUCUGGACGAAUUGUCCAAGAUGAAGGGCGAGUUCGCGAAAAAGGCGUACAAGAUCGGCAAAGAGAUCGCGUUCUUGGAAGUUCUUGUUCCGCAAAUGGAGGACGGAGUCGAGCUCGACAAACUCAAGGUUCCACACGAGCAACAACAGGUUCCCGUUCGGGCCAAAGCUGUCGACGCCGUUGCGGGUGUAUGCGACCGUGUCGUCUGUAAAAGCAUAUUUUGCCCAGUCCGCUCGAUUCGAGGUGUACCGGGCCAUCAGGUUCAUCAGGGCCUUGUGGUCGAUAUCCGACGUCUUGAGAACGGUGCCCGUGUUGAGCUGGUCGUCAAACAGCCGGCGCAGCUGGCCCAAGUCGAGCUCGCUUUCCACCGUCAUGAUAAGGAAAAAAAGACAAAAAGGGAAUUUAGCGAAAAAAAAUGUGCUGACUCUGAGGAUCGAACUCAGGACCUCCAGAUCUUCAGUCUGACGCUCUCCCAACUGAGCUAA